UCUCAGAAAGCGCUUUCAACAGAAUAUGCAGGAUUGCACAUUUACUAUCAUGGCGUAUAUGCCUACCCUGGCGAGUCGUAUCCUGGAGGAGCUCGAUGUCGAAAGAAUAUCACUAGAGUUACAAAAUCGUUCAAAAAAGCAAGCUGUCCUAAAUAGCCAACCGGGGGAAUCCAGUGCGGAAGCAGCACCUCCGCCACGACUUGACUGGGUCUCAUCUGAAUCUGAUGUGCCAACGACUACAUCAGAGGAAGCAAGUGCUCCCAGUAAUCACACUCACCUUUCUGCAUCUCUUGGAUCUGCCGUUGAGUUGGAAGCCAGUUCACCCAUCAGUUCAUUUUCCAAUUUAUCGGAGCGAGAUGCCAGCAACUCGCAGCCAGGAGCACCCAGCUUUGCAUCACCGUCUAUUGGACAGGCCGCCUCAGAGGAUCAAAAUACAUCGUCAUAUCUCUCUAAUAUGGAGUCUUCUGAUCCUUUAUCGUCCUCCUUGCCUCUAUCAUCAAAUCCAUUGGCAGAUUCCGAGAUCAGCUGGGUCCAGUUCCAGAACCGACCCACGGAGAAUCAUGGAGGAAAUUCAACAGACUUGAACUCUUCAGCGGAACCCAAGACCGGUGGAGCACUGGAAGAUAAUUUACCAAUCAUCCCUGAUCUGGAACUUCCUAGCUUAGACUUAUCUUCCGUCUCUAUCGUCGACACGCAAUCAGCAGCCGAAACACAGGCAUCGGAUCGCGUCCAACCGAAUCAUGGUGGUAGUGCCAUGUCCCACAUUGGAGAUACAAUGGACACUCGUGACGAGAAACAGGAGCGACAACGGGAAAAAGAGCAACAAUCAGAAUUUGGAACCGAUUUAUUUGACUCAUUGGGACUAGUGGGAUCAUUCGUACACAGCGUCGCCCCUGCACUCUCCUCUGCUCUUGGAUCAAGCUAUUCAGUGCUACAAGAGGAAGAAACUCAUGAACCAGAAGACUUGCUUGACGAUGAUAUCGAAAGAAAGUACCUUACGCUCUCCUGGUGGCUCCUCCAUAUCGGGUGGAGGGAUGUUGCCUCACGAGUUAGAACUGCUGCAGAGGAAAUUUUGCAAGGGGUAUCACUCAAGAGCCGGUUGAGUAUGAAUGAUCUACGAGACCUCCUGGCGCAAAUGCGAAAACAAAUAGAGUUUGUCUCGGAUAGCUCUAUCCGCUCAGA